AUGUAAACUGCAUCCUGGGUGAAAGUUGAAACUGGAAGCAUGGGUGAUUUUUUUUAGGAGUUUACCAGCGACUUUCGCGUAGUGGUGGUUGGGGCUAUAUUAUAAAUAAUGCGAGGAAAAGCACGCUUGUGUUUACUAUUAUACAGGGAGCGGAGACCAUGUCUGUGAACGCAUCACAACAAGAGCUUAUUGUGCUCAUAUUUCGUCACUUGAAGGAGAAUGGGUUCCACUCUGCUGCAGAAGAGCUUCUUAAACACAGCCCACAGGGAUCUGCGCUAGGAACUACAGAGUUGUCGUCAUCAUUAGGGGACAUCUACAGUUCCUGGUUAAAAAAAUCUAAGAGCAAGCACUCCACUUCUAAUGGAGGUGUGUCAACUCAAAUUCAAGCCGCUUCAAAGAAGGAGAAAAAAACAGUAAAGAAAGCACAAAAGCAGAAGUCGCCAUCAAAAAAAGAUGACAAAGAUCGGAAAUUGUCAGAAACUGUCAAAAGGAAGAAGCUAAAGAAGCAAGAAAAUGUUGUAGCCCCUGCCGCUGAUGGCGGUGUCGAGUCGGACUCUGACAGCAGCUUGGACGUUGAGAAAUGGAAAAAAAUGCUUUUUGAGAUGACAGACGUCAACGCCAUGACCAUGAGAAUAGAUACCAUCAACGCUUUGGACUCAUCCUCUGCCAAACCUGUUAAAAAGAGAGUCCGAAAACCUCAGGCUAAGCCUAAAAGUGGCACUCCUUUAAAACAGCCAGGUAAAAAGGAAAGCGACUCUGAGAAAGCAGUGAAGGAGAAAAAAACAAAGUCAAGUUCCGCCAAAAGGACUAUUCUGGAAACCGCUGAACCAGAGAACAAAUUGCCUACUUUAAAUGGCACACUGCCUCUGAUACUAUCAGAGGAAGGGGCAACUUCGUCUUGCGAAGACAAACAGAAGAAAAAAAGCAAGAAAAGGAAACAAAUGGAAGGUUCUGAAAGCGAAAUCCCAGAGAUUAGAAUUGAAAACGGCAGCAAGGAGAGCAAAGUUGUCGGACAACCUGUGGAGGAUUUGAUAAACUGCAGUAACCUGAAUUCUGAACCCCAAGAUGAGCAUGUAAUGGUGUGUACAAUUGGGAAUGAUGAGGCAGUGAAAAGAAAAAAGAAAGAAAAGAAAAAGGGAAAGGAGGCAACUGAUGGUGAGAAUUUGUCUGAAUUCCUUAUCAAAGAUAAAAAUGAUAUGAAAACCGAUAAGGAGGCGCAGAAUAAUCAGAAUGUUUCUCAGAUACCUAUCAAAGGCCAAAAAGAUGAUAAAAACAAUGCAACAGAUAGUCCAAAUAUUUCUGACACCCUCAUCAAACACAAGAAGAAGAAGAAAAAGAAGAAAAGAGAUGAUUUAGAGGAACUCGCUGAGCCGUUAGCUGAGGAAACUAAAACCCAAACAACUCUCGUCAGUGAAGAAAUUGAUGAGCAACCAUCUACACAAGAAAAUCCAGGCCUGACAGAUGACGAUAAGAAAGACUGGCUGAACACCGUGGACGCUUCGGAUGCUGUGAGAGAAAAGAAGGCAAAGGAGAAAAAGAGGAAAAGUCAUCCUGAGGAGGGAACAACUCAGCGGGUGGUUGAAAAGGAAAAAAAGAGAAAAAGUUGUCCUGAGGAAGGAACUCCACAGCAGGAGAAAAAGAAGAGAAAAAAAGACAAAGCGAAUCUUGUCGAAGAUGAAAGCGUGAGCGUUAACAUCGAAGAGAUAGUUUCUCCAAAUGCAGAAGUAAAGAAGAAAAAGAAAAAAAAACUUGGCUUAACUGACACUGUGCUUCUGUUUUCCCCGGAGACACCAAGUCCUUCAUCACAGAAAAGGAAAAGGAAAAGCACCGUGAAAUCUGACGAGCUUCCAGCAACGCCGACAAAAUAAGCACAUGGAGGUAUUAUAAUACCAUCCAGCCACAAUGAAGUGAUCGAUCUGUCAAAAUAUUGUCUUGUUGUAAACAUUAUGAUUAAUACCUGACAAGGUAGAACUUUUUAUGUUGACUAUUUGUAAAGAAAUUGAUCAUGUAUUUUUGUACCAUUUUACCACUUGUUUUAAACGAUCACCUACUAAGUGCUAUGUAGCAAAUUUGUCUUGGUGAGGGCUUUGAAAAGAGAUCUCCCUAGUUUCAAGUCAGAGAUGCUUUGCAAGCAUUUUUUUUUUUUUUUUUUUUUGUAUA